AAGGCUUUAAGCUCUGGUGCAAGUGUGGUAGCUAUCAACAACAAAAUAGAGCAAGCUAUGAAUCUGGUGAAAAGCCAUUUGAUGUAUGCAGUUAGAGAGGAAGUGGAGGUUUUGAAGAAGCAGAUCAAAGAACUAAUAGAGAAAAACUCCCAGCUGGAGCAGGAGAACAAUCUGUUGAAGACACUGGCCAGUCUGGAGCAGCUCGGCCAGUUUCAGGCCCAGCUGCAGACUGGCUCUCCUCUGGCCACCACACAGCCACAGGGGACCACACAGCCCCAGGCACAGCCAACAUCCCAGGGCUCAGGAUCAACCGCAUAGCCUGCUAUGCCCUAACAGAACUGGCUGCUGCUGUCUGAACUGAACAGACCGAAGAGAUGUGCUAGCGAGAAGC